AUGGCGGAGAAGAUCCUAAUGUCCGAGUUCAAGGAACUCUCAAAGGAGCCUUGGACCAACAUCGAGCUGAUCGAAGAGAACAUCUUCAGCUGGCACGUCGCCCUCAUCGUCAUGAACCAAGACUCUGUCUACAAUGGCGCUUUCUUCAAGGCCAAGAUGACCUUCCCUCCAUCAUACCCCUACAGCCCUCCUGAGUUCAAGUUCACCCGUCCCAUGUUCCACCCCAACGUCUACCCUGAUGGCAAACUCUGUAUCUCAAUCCUGCACCCCCCUGGCGAGGACGAAAUGUCAGGCGAACUCGCUGCCGAACGCUGGUCACCCGCUCAACGUGUCGAGUCCGUCCUCAUCAGCAUCCUCUCACUCCUCGAUGAUGCCGAGCCCUCCUCUCCUGCCAACGUCGACGCUGGAGUCAUGAUCCGCAACGAUCCCGAGGCAUACAAGCAGAGAGCCCGUCAAGACGUCGAGGCUAGCAAAGCCGACAUCCCCGAGGGCUUUGUCAUGCCAACUCAACACAUCACCUACAAGCCCCCAGUCGAGGACAACCUCUUCAGCUGGAGCGAUUCCGAAGUCGAGGACGACUUUGACAACGACAGCGACGCAGAGAUGACCUUUGACGAGGACGAUGAGGAUGAUGAUGAGCAGGAGGCGCCUAGCGACAGCGAUGAUUGA